GUGAAGCGGGCGGGUGGCGGCGCAAGCGAGGAGCGAGCGCUCUGCCGGUCACCCGAGUGGACUGCAGUGCAAGGCGGCCGCCACCAGGGCCAGCACCUCGCGACAUCUCUGACACGCGUGUAGGCGAGCGACCUCUCCAUGAAGCCGCCCUCGAUUCAGCGCAGCCCUGCGGCGGCUUCGGCCGCAGCCCCGGCAAUGGAUUCAGCGGCCGCUGCAGACCUGACGGACGUGCUGUGCGAGUUCGACGCCGUGCUGGCGGACUUCGCAUCGCCCUUCCAUGCCCGCCACUUCCACUAUGAGGAGCACCUGGAGCGCAUGAAGAGGCGCAGCAGCGCCAGCGUCAGUGACAGCAGCGGCUUCAGCGACUCGGAGAGUGCAGACUCGCUGUACAGGGACAGCUUCAGCUUCAGCGAUGAGAAACUGAAUUCUCCCACGGACUCCACUCCAGCCCUGCUGACUUCCACUGUGGCUCCUCGGAAAGCCAAAUUAGGCGACACGAAAGAGCUCGAAGACUUCAUUGCCGAUCUUGACAGGACGUUAGCAAGUAUGUGAAGCAAGGAGUCCAGGGUCCUUAGGCCACAAGAGUGAGACUCCCGAAGGCUCCAAGCACCUGGCAAAAUCAGCUACUAGAAUCAGCUGCAGGAGGGGACGGAGCCGAGGCUCACACGUCAUCAGGCUGUUCUUGGUUCACCCUAACAAUUGCCAUCCUGCCCAUCUUUGGGCAACUCAGACAGCGAAACUGACUUUGUUUACCUGCCUGCAGCAUGUUUCAGCAGAUGAUCUGUCUAAUGUGUUUUUACUCCUUAAACAUAACUCUUCUAUAAUUUAAAAUGCGUUUAUGGAAAUAUUUGUAAUUACUUAUAUAUAGUUGGAGACAAUAAUAAGCUUUUCCCAUUAUAAUAUAUUUUUGUAUACAAAUAAAGUUUAAGCUGGAAUCUGUA